GUGUCAAUGAAUGGGUUUCAGAUAUGAAUCACAACCAUGAAAAUCUUUAGCACUAAAGUCUUAGAAUAUAUCAUUAAGCGAUAUACAUAUCCAAGUGCUGUUUGAUACCAAGGGCUUUUAAAAUGUCAAAAAAAAAAAACCACAAAAACUUAAAACUCCCAACUAAACAACCAGGAUUCUUCAUUGAGCAUUUAUUGUGAUUCUAGAAUUGAGUUUUUUUGUUGUUGUUGUUUUUUGUUUUCUAACUUCAUUGCCCUAAAGCCAACAACAUUCUGCUUUAUUUAUAUGGCUUUCAUUUUUAUUUUGUAGCAUGAGUUGCAUUGACUUUUUUACUAGAGAAUUUUACUAGAUCUUUGUCAUUCAGGUUUUCAUCUGCUUUAUAAUUGAUACACCUUGAGGAUCACUUUUCUAAUACUUUUACUAUAAUGUAGUACCACCUCAGCCCUAUUUAAAAAUAUUUUUACCUAACGUCAAGUCUUUUUCCAACUAACUAUAAAAGUAAAACUUCUGUACAAAAGGAUUGCUUGUAAAUAAUGCAUGUAAAUAGUUCUGUUAAUAACCCACUGUUUUACAUUUGGUACAUCUGUGUCUGCUAAUACAGUUAGGUUUCUCACUUUUCUGCUUGUUUGUUCAGUCUGGAUUAAAAUUAGACUUUGAAAAUAAAAUUUAAAUAGUUUUGUUUCCUCUAAGUUUUUGGAGUGAUAUCCUGAUAUUACAGAAUAUCUGUUGAACUUUUAUGUGACAUUGUAAAAGGGUUUGAAAUCAAACUAUACUAGGAGAGGAGAUAUUCUGUUCAGUGUGUGUGUUAUUUAGUUCAAUAACAAGUCUACUUGGGAAAAUUAACAAAUGUAAAAUACCUUUUAGAUUCCUUAUUGUAAAAGGGAAGCAUAUACAUAGUUGGGGUUUUUGGAACUUGUAGUAGGAUUCUCUUUUUCAGAAUGGCUCCUGUGACAUGGUAGAUAAUUACCUUCAUCUGCAGUUCUCCAAGGACUGUGCUCAGUGUAAAUCUUGGGGGUGGGGAAAAGGGUGUAGGGAAGGGGCAGUACAUUAGACCAGGGACCAAGUACAUCAUAGCUGAGUAUGCUAUAAACUUCUAGCAGUUGCUCUGUGAAUAACCGUCCAGCUUUGUCCACUAGCUCAUUGUCACUCACCACUGCUAUACUCAACAGGUACCAAUAGGCCCUGGUUCAGUUCCAGUGUGUUCCAGUUAACUAGUGCUGCCUAAAAAACCACCCAAACUUAGUGUCUUCAAACAAUAAGCAUCUUAUUCUCGUGAGUUCUUUGGUUCAGCGAUUUGGAUGGUGCACAAUAGGGAUAGUUGUGGGUUUGUGUUUUGUUUGUUUGUUUUCUAUUCUGCAAUGUUUGAGGCCUCAACCAGGAAAACUAAGGGCUGGAGGCAGUUCCAACAGCCGGGGGCUGUAAUCAUCUUGAGUCUUCUUCACUCACAUGGCUGAUGACUGGGCUGAGAUGAGUUGAAGAUAUCACUUGGCCAGACCCAUCUACACAUGGCCUGUCCAUGUGGCCUGGACUUUUCACAAACAUGGCAGCUGGAUUUUGAGAGGGGGCAUUGUAGAAGACCUAGGAAGAAGCUGCAUCUGGAAGGUGCACAGAGCAUUUUUUCCAUUACAGUCUUGGUUCUAAGUGAGUCAUUAAAGCCAUAUCAGAUAGGAGGCCAUUAAGAAAUGUGCGGACAUGUUUUAAACUGCAACAGUAUAUCAUGAAGAGAUGGCCAGCGCUGUAAUUGUUGGCCUUUAGAAUUGCUGUAUCUUCAACAGAAAUAUGGGUCCUAAGAUCUUAUAGGUCUCCAGUGAGCAAGGACACAAAAGUGCUAAUGAAUGUCCUAGGCUUCUGUUCUGGUAACAAAGCACAAGUAUUGGUUUGUACCAGCAAAAUCUGGCUCUUGUGUCGUCAACUCUGACCUUAUGUCUUUGUUUUCAGUGCCCUUCCAGCCAAAGACUACCAGGAACACACAUGUAUCUGAACAGGUUGGAUUUAGUACUUUUGCAGUAAAGCAGAAUACACACCAAGGGGAACUGUAGGGUGUGUCGGUGAGAGAGUGUUUAGAACCCAUCAUGGGGUUUGGGCUUUGGUUGAAUAAUUUGGGAGAGGGCCUAAGAAACUGGAGUUUCACUCUAGAUUGGAUAUGGUCAGAAAGGGGCAAUUCAAUGACUAGGUAUUUCAUGAACUAUAGGACAGGUGGAUAUGGAGGAGGUUCUCAUUUAAGAAAAAAAAUCACACUUAGCAAGAGAAGAUGAUACUUGGUAUGAAAGAGUAAAAAGUUGUUCAGGACUGAAAAUCUGCUCACUGAAAUAAAAGUACCCUUGCUGUUAAUCAGUCUGGGAGGACAGACACAGAUAAAGCCAGCUGCAAAGUUAACAGGACACAUUUUCCCCAAAGUCAUGCAAUUUUAACUGCCACCGUGACCCUUUGCAUGGCCACUGCUUUGUUACCAAUGCUGUCUUCAGACCUGCUUUGCUAUCCCACCCUUCUAUUCCUGGGGAUACCCAAUUGCUAAAUAGUCCUCCCCUCAUGACAGCACCACAUCCCUAAUUAAUCCCUGCUUCUAAUCCUGCUUCAGAAACAACAUCCAACACAGAACCAGUAUCCCUUCCCUCAGAACUUGCCAGAAUCCUUCAGCAGGAGUCCACAUCUUACCAGUCGGUGCCCUCUUCCCCCUGGUGUAGCACGCCGUUUGUUUUUUCUCUGGAGUUUGCUCCCUUGCUUACAAGUCCCUAUUUUAAUAGCCUGCUGGCUUGAGCCUGGUGAUCUUUGGCUGACUAGACUUUGGUAUACGUAAAUGAUUUGAGGUCACGUAUACUGCUACUGUGUUGUCAGCCUGGCAAAGCACCAACCCUGGAUGGACCUGCUUCACCCAGGCAGCUGGAGACCAUGUUUUCUGGUAGGUUAGUGCCAGUGUAAAUUCAUAAUCGCCACCUAGGCUGUCAGCACUGCCAGCGAUCUGUGUUUAUUACCUUGUUUAUCUCAAACUCUCCACUCUAUUUGCUCCUCAUCCCCUAAGGACUUGCUUCACAGAAGAAAUUGGGCAGAUGUAUACAAAUGCAUCUGCGUUCACUUCAUUUUUCCUCUUGUACAGGAUGUAUCCCUCCUCUUAAAGGCCAAGUAUUCCACGUGUGCCCAAAACCUGUGCCCUCUGACUCAUGAACUCUCUUGUUACUUAGUCUGUAUUUUUUCUUUUUUUUAACCUCUUUGUAUGAGCUGUCAAACAUGUCAUUCUUCUUGAGAGAAAUCUGGCCCUUAACAUUUCUCUCCCAGCUACAGUUCUAUGCUUUCUAGUGAGAUUUUUCACAAAUCCCAUUUUCUUCUACUUCCUAUUUGCCCUUCAAACACAUAGCUUCUGCUGCCACUACGUACAACAGCCCUUGCUGAUUACAUUUAUGCCACUAAAUCAAGUAGAUACUUGAUUCUUUAGCUUGUUCUCUAGGCAAUAUCUGACACAAGUGACACCAAAAUUGACAACCUCUAGGCACCUGGAAUAGAAUAGCCUUUCUGGCUUUAUGUGGUUCCCCAGUGUUUGUGGGAUUCUCUUCCCUUAGCUAAUCUAUUGAGUAUUGGUGUUCCUCAAAGCCCACUCCUAAACAUUUUCUUCUGUCACUGUAUCUGUGGGCUAUUUAAUCCUCUCCUAAAGCUUCAGUUAGCAGCUAUCAACACUGACUUCCGGAUUGGUUUGUUUCUACACGUUUUGCUAACUUGCCAUUUCCACUAGGACGACUCACAAACUUUAAGUCAUGCUAUUCCCUAAACUUUGUUUUCUUGCAUCCCUCUUACUGAUGGCACUGCUACCUAUCCACUUGCUCCAACAGAACUGCUGGAACUGUUUUCAAUGCCUGUUCAGUCAUCCCCAAGACUAUAGAAUUGAUCUAAGUAUUUCUUGGAGCUGUGCUCUCCAGACUCAGGUCUAAUCUUGAGUCAAAUGCCAUCUCUCCUGUUGCUUUUUCAGACUAUUGGGCUCCCCACAUCUGUUCCUACAUCCUACAAUCCAUUCUCUACCCAGCUGUUCCAGGUAUCUUUCUAAAGUACAAAUAGCAUCAUAAAACCCCCUUGUAGUAGAUGGUUAACAAAUAGGAGGUUCUUAGUCAUUAGAGGGGAAAAAAGGUGGGAACAGGAUAGGACCUAAAUACUGUGUGAUACAAAUUGAUGUUACUGGUCAAUGAAAACAUGGCAUCUGAAGAUCCCCUUAUUAUACUUUACAUAAGCUUGAAGUCAAUUUGCUUAUCAGACUUUCAAAAAUGGAGAUGAAUGUAAGGAGUUAGAUUUCUCCCCAUUCCUUGCUGUUGCCACUUUUGCUUAAAGCCCUUGUAAUAGUUUACCAUUGCCUUUUUUUUUUUUUAAUGUCUAUUUCUGAGAGGGAGAGAGAGAAUCCCAAGCAGGCCCCACACUGCCAGUGCAGAGUCAGACUUGGGGCUCAAAUCACAAACCAUAAGAGUCGGACCCUUAACUAAGGCAUUCAGGCACCCCUACCAUUGCCUUUAAGAUAGAAUCCAUAAUUCAUGAAACCAUAAUGAUCUAGCCCUUACUUAUCUCUAUCACCCCCUUCAGGCUUUCUCUCCCCUAAAAGCCUCUCUCUAUAACCGUUCUUAAACCAAACUAGCUUUUUAAGGGUCAAGAUCUUUCCUUUGGACCUCAGGGCCCUGUGUUACCUCUGUUUGAAACAGUUUCACCCCCACAGUACCUGGCUAAACCUACCUACCCUUUGGAUUUCACUGGAAAUACUUCCUCAGCUUCAGGUCUGUCCAUUACAUGCUCUCACAGACCUCUGUAUUCUAUUUUAGGAACACUUACUACAACUGUGAUCAAAUUACUGUCUACUCCUUUCUUUCCAGUUCAUCUCCAGUCCUCAUCUUCUACCCUGGGUCUCACUCCCUGCCUUAUUUCUAAGGUGCCCAGCACAUAGUAGGUUCUCCAUAAAUACUUAAUGACAAUAAAUUUAUCGGACACAUCUACUUGCUACUUAGGAAAAAAGCGCAGAUACAUAGUUGAAAGAUAUUUUCUGACACCAAAUUAGAAAAAGAAGAGGUCUCUUUGACCCAAGUUUUUUCGGUUUUGUUUUUUGUUUUUUACAGCUUUAUUAAGGUAUCAUUUUUGUUUAGAUUAAAUAAGCGUUAGUCCACUAAAAUCCACCCAUGUGGUUAGCUCUUGGCUGAGCUAUCAGAUGCUGGUCCUCACGGGAGGAGUCACAACCAGGUGGGGCGGGUACCAACCUUUGAGUAUCGGAAGUAAAGAUCAAAGAGGAAGCAACCACAUUCAGGACUGGGAAAGCCCACCUCCCCUACUUCCGGUCCCGUCCUUUGCUGGGCGCUCGACGGAUUGGCCCCCGGAACAGAGGGCGUGCUUGGGCGGGACUUCCGGUCUUUUGGAGAGGAAAGACGCUUCCGCGGGUUGAGGGAAGAUUUGAACUGCUGAUUUCCUGUGUUUAUUUUGCGGGGAGGUGGUUGGCGUUUCAGCUUCUCUCCCGCUACUGACUCGACGAACGUCUCGGCUAAAAAUAUUCUCCCUGUGGCCUUAUUCCUCUGCGCUUGUCACUGUUUUCUCUCAUCAAGAAACAUAACUUGUUGGUAAUUUGUCAGAUUCAUGAAAUAUCCAUCGAGAAGCAGUCGUGGGCAGACUUCAAGCAUUGGCAAAUUAAAGCACAGGGGCCGUUGAUUGGCCUUAUUUCCGCGACUUUUCAUCUCAGAAUUGCCGUGUUGAGUCCCAAGACGUUGGUGGUUGUUUUGGUGAGGCUUUUUCUGUAACUACAUAUUGCCAUUUUGAAAAAUGAGGUCCAAUUGACGUCAAGUACAGACUUGUCACGUACGGAGAUUGUUAAAUAUACUGUGACGUAAUGUAGUGGGUGGUGAAAACAAACAGGAAUAAGACGGUAAAGAUGAAGCUGAAAUUCUUCUCCUUGGAAGGACAUUUUAUCCGUAGUCAUAGUAAUGGCAGCUGAAGUGCAAAUGGUACUUUAUGAAGAUGAUUCCGUGCAAGUGCAAUAUGCUGAUGGUUCCAGACUACAGCUUUCUCCUUGUGGCUCUGAAUUUUUAUUUGAAAAGGCACCUCCUGUUUCAGCACAUCCUUUAGAACGACCAGAAAGAAUUCGUCAAAGGACACAUUUUGUUAUCAGCACUUACCGAGAGCAACUACAGCGAGCCCUAAAUUUUCGAAAUUCUUUUGCUACUUGCCCUUUUUUAUCUGAAAGCAUCAUACCUUCUGAAAGAAAAAAGCGUAUCUUCAUUGACUUCUCAGAAGUCAGAUGGCCCAGUCCUGAUACUGAUGAUGGCAUGCUGUGUAUGCAGAGCGGCACCGUGAAGAUAUCAUCAUUAGAUGGGCAUGCAUACCUUUGUCUGCCGAGAUCGCAGCUUGAAUUUACAGUACAUUUUUUGUGUAAAGUAAGCCAGAAGCCAGACUCAUCUAUAGUAUUGUCAGAAAAGAAGAUUCAAGCCAGAAAGGACAAACUAGAUGAAACAGCAGGCAAAAUCUGUACAUAUGGAAGUUUAUCAAGACAGAGACUGAAGAAUAAAGAAAACGAACUUUACUAUCAGACCAUGAAAUCCAAGGAACCUUUAGAGAAAAAGAGCUGUGUAAAUGGAGCCGAAGGGAGUGGCGAGCCACCUCUGCCUGGUACAAAACACAUGUGUGUAUACACGUGGGUGAAACAAUGCUGGCCUGUGGCCUCCUGUCCAGAGGAAUGGAAAUAUCCCUUGUCUUUAGCACUGCAUUUGCAUGAUAAAAUCAGCAGUGUGUCUAGAAUUGAUGCAGCCAUCACCCAGAAUAAAACUUUGACUUCUGAUAUUUCAGAGGAAAGAGGAAAAGAGAUUUCUGUUCUUCCCAGGGCCCUGUUACUCAGCUGUCCUGUCCCACACCUGCACAGGUGGAAUUUUUGUGAUUCAGUUUCACAAGGACAGUUUGAUGAAGAAUAUUCCUAUCCUGAACUAGUGAAAGUGGUUUGGUACAAAGGUGUAACUUAUCGACUUACCCAUAAAAAUGUGAACUCAAUAGAGAUUUAUCCUGGAGAUGGCUCUGUUUUCAAAUCUGAGGGAGCUUAUUUUGGGAGCUAUUUUACUUAUUAUUCCAUUCAGGAAGGAUCAGAAGAGAAAGAAGAGAAAACUUAUUCAGUAAAUAACCUUCCUCCUGAUAGACCAGGAAGUCUGUUCUCUGUGUGUUCUCUAAUUAAACAGGCAACCAGAAUUCUUCAGCACUGUGUGAAGACAAGGCUUUCUUUAAGCCAUAACUAUCGUAUAUGCUGCUGGAAAAUGGUACCUGGGAUAAAUGAUAGCAAUAUACUGCCUUUACUUUUGAGAGAAUCGCUCAUACCCAGCGUGGGAAGAUUUCUUGCAUACUCUGAUGACAAAGUACAUGCUCUCUUUUUAAAUGGCAUUACUCUAACCCUAAAUUGGAAUUUCAGCUCUUUUACUGAAAAGAGACAGGUAAAUCAAGGUCUCAACUUAGGUUGGUGUAAGUUAACUUUUCCUGAUGGGCAAGAUCAGUUAAUUCAUAUUGGACACCCUGGACCAUAUGAAAGAUAUGUGACAGCAGUCAUAUCAUGGUGCAGAAGCCUGACCCAGACUAAUCAGAGAGAGAUGCCCACACAUUCUUCAUCUUCUAUUCUUGAAGAAAAUUGGUCUGUGGCCUCUGAACUUGAAAAGAUAAAGAAGUUUAACUUGUUACUGGAGAAUAGUGGUAUCCUAAACCAGAUUUCCAACAAAGAAAAUGAACAGUCAUCUGAUCAUUAUGAACCAAAACCUUCAGAAACCUUGCUGGAAGAAGUUAAUGAAAAGAGAGUAUCAGUGGCAUUGAAAAAAACCUCUGAAAUCCUUCAGGAUAUUGACUAUCUUCUAUUAAAUUCUAAAAAGUGAAUCACAAACCUUAAGGAUGUUGUUUCAAGUGACUAGUAUUACUAGUAAGCCAAGAAAUUACAUAUAUUACUUCUGUGCAAUGAUUAUAUGAAAAAAUGACAGUUAACUUUGGGGGUUACCUAACUUGUAAACUUUAAGAUAUGUAUUUAUAAUGUACCUUAUUAAUAAAGAACUAUUUUAGAAUUUUGAACAAUUAUUUCAUAUUUAUGAAAAAAAUUUAUAAAAUCAUAGUUGUUACUGUUUUAUCUUGCAGAGAAUUUACUAUUAAUCCUCAAAGUUUUUUUUUUUUUCCUUUUUAAAUAUGCAGAAUUUUGUGCAUUUGGUCAUUUGCUAUUUGGUGUCUCCAAAUAUUUUUCAACAGAACUGCCCAAAGAGAAUUAGAUCUUUAAAUCAUACAGGCAAUAUUGCUUCAAGCUAAGAAUUGAGCACUUCAUCAGAGACCAAUUUUAUCUGAAUUGGCUUAUUAAUUUCUUUUGAACAUCUGAAAAAAACUGAUGCUAUACAAGUGUGUGCAACUAAAAUGACCUCAUCAAAAGUGCUGUUUAUUAGAACCUUGCCAAUUGGGAAAUAACAAAACCACACACUAAAGAGACUUCAAGAUUUGACAAAUAUAGCAAAAAUAUUCUGAUUAACUUCUGAUUUCUAGAAAAGACCAGCUUCUUGACAUGGAAGAAAGAACAUAGGAAACAAGGAGAAAAAGGAAAUGAAGCAGAGCAUAGAUUAGGAGUGAUAAUGUCAGUGACUUGAAUGGGCACAAUGUUCUCUUGAUAGCUUCUCUCUGGGCUCCUUGCCACCUUUAAAUCUCAGCACCAAUUAUUACUUCUUCAGAAGGGCCUCCCCCAUUAGUCUCUAUUACAUCAUCC